AUGUUCCGCCGCACCACGCAGCGCAUGUCGAGUCUGUCGAGCUUCACGGGGGUCGAGAUCGACCCGUACACGGCCAAGUCAAUGUUCCUGUUCGGGUUCAUCGCGUCUGUCGGCUUCUUGUCUGUCUACUCCGUCAAGGAGACGAAGAAAGCGGGGCCGAUUGAGCUGCCGGAGGAGCUGCAAGCGCAGCGGCAGCGGCACAACGAUCCGCGGCGACCGCCGUGGCCGCUUCUACACCAGCGCGUCGUGCUGCUUCGCGAGGGCAAGGGUGCGCCAGAGGAUAUCGCGCUGAUGUGGGAGCAGACGAAGCACUACUACCCGGCUGACUGGCUGAUCCCGCUGGAGCUCACGCAGGUGCUCAAAUACUCAAGUGGAAAGUACCUGCAGACGUAUGUGGCAGACCCGGACGAGAUGCGCAAGGAGGUCCUGAUGCAGCUGCUGAACGUCAAGUACGGCCGCGUCAGCGAUCCCAACGGUGGGCGGGUGAACAAGGACGUCGAGGAGAUUAUCUCUAUGGCGAUCGACAGCCUAGAAAACAUGGACCUGAACCCGGCUGCGGACACCGUGCUCGUCCCCACGCACACGUGA